GGGACACCAAAAUGUUCCUCUCUAACUGUUUAAAUGUAGGAGUCUCUGAAAGCUCAGAAAGAGUCUUCACUCAGUGCUUUUGCUUUACCUUGAAUAUCUGAAAAUGUUGCUUAAAAGAAGAUCUGCCUUUAUCUUGAUACCAAAACUUUUAAGUUGAGCUAUUGCCUAUUGGUCUCGGCAUUGAAUGUUCUGUACAAAAUAGACUCCUCGACAGCUCCUUGGUGGGUUGUCCUUAGCUCCCACAGAAACCUCGGGGGACUCUGCAUGCUCUCACACUGCUGGAGGAAGAGGUCAACCCCUCUGACGCUCCCCCGCUAUCAUUGCUCCCAGCAACAACUCAACCCUUCCCCUUUCCUGCAAACAGAGUGAGUGACUGACAGAAGUAGACUAACAAAGCUACUUUGAUAGUUUUUAGACUUCUCUCCAGAUCUUCCAUGCAAUUCGGAGCUGUGCAACUAAAGACCCUUUCAGGAAUGUAGUCAGUGUUGCGUCUGGGAUUAGUUUGGGUAUUUACAACAACAACAAACCAUUGAGAGGAGCGACAACUGUGGAAAGUCCUUCAAUGCAGCUGAGUCUUCAGUUACAACUGCUCCCUUUUUGCUUCUUCCUUCUGGAGAGACAAAUUGAAUAUCACACUCCAGUCAGCCUUGUUGAGGCUUGCCUGGGACCUCAGUGGAAGAUCUCUUCAACAUUCCUCAACGGUUUCUCCUGCAUCCUAAGGCACUGGGGAUUAAUCAGAUCCGUCCUCCAUCUGACUGUGUCAGUUUUGUUUUCAUUUUCCACCUGGACUCUUUCCUGUGUUUUGGUUUAUAAAACCUCAUGGAGUCAAUCCAGAACCACCCGGUGGUUAAUGGGAGAAAACUAACAGACUGAGUUGUAAAGUUCAAGAAUCCUCAAGAGGCUCGGUUCACAUGUUCAGGUUAUUUUCUUUACAGCCACGAGUGUCUCGUAUGAGCUUAAGGGACAAUGAACAAAGACCACCGAUUGGCAAGGAAUGGGGCGCAGACUGGUUUCGGACAUGGUCGGAGACACUCGUGCUUGGGUUUUGAUGUGGAGAAUGGCCUGUCAGUGGGUCGCAGUCCACUGGACUCUCAGACUAGCCCAAGUUCUGGUCUGGUCCUUCAGGCCAACUACCCCCACAGUCAGCGCCGCGAGUCCUUCCUCUACCGCUCCGAUUCAGACUUCGACCUUUCGCCCAAAACCAUGUCCCGCAACUCGUCCACUGCCAGCGACCUGGAGGAGGGAUUGAAGCACUGGGAAGUCAAUUGGCUACCUCGACAUGGAGAAGACAUGAUAGUGACUCCAUUUGCACAGGUUCUUGCCAGUCUACGAACAGUGAGAAGUAACUUUGCUGUUCUGACACAUCUGCAAGAUCGUGUAACAAACAAGCGGCCGACAUGCAGCAACCAGCCACCCAUGUGUAAGCCAUGUCUUACAGAGGAGCCCUACCAGAAGCUGGCGGUGGAGACACUAGAAGAGCUGGACUGGUGUCUGGACCAACUGGAGACGCUGCAGACGAGGCACUCAGUUGGCGAGAUGGCAUCUAAUAAGUUUAAGAGGAUGCUAAACCGUGAGCUGACGCAGCUAUCAGAAACAAGCCGCUCAGGGAAUCAGGUGUCAGAGUUCAUCUCCAACACUUUCCUAGAGAAACAGCAUGAUGUGGAGAUCCUGUCUCAACCUUCUAAGGAGGAGAAGAAGAAGAGGCCGAUGUCACAGAUCAGCGGUGUGAAAAAGGUGACACAGACCCCCAGCUUAGCACCCACCUGCAUCCCCCGCUUUGGAGUGAGCACACCACACGAGAGCCUGCUGGCCCAGGAAGUCGAGGAGAUUAAUCGUUGGGGUCUGGAUGUAUUCAAGAUAGCAGAAUUUUCCGGAAACCGCCCUUUGACGGUGAUCAUGUACUCCAUCUUCCAGGAGCGAGACCUUCUAAAAACCUUUAAGAUCCCAAAUGACACCUUUAUCACCUUAAUGAUGACCCUGGAGGACCACUACCAUGCAGAUGUAGCUUAUCACAACAACAUUCAUGCAGCUGAUGUGGUGCAGUCCACCCACGUCCUUCUGUCCACCCCUGCUUUAGAGGCGGUGUUCACAGACCUGGAGAUCAUGGCUGUUCUGUUUGCUAGUGCCAUCCAUGAUGUCGACCACCCAGGAGUCACCAACCAGUUCCUGAUAAACACCAGUUCAGAGCUGGCACUGAUGUACAACGAUGCCUCGGUGCUGGAGAAUCACCACCUCGCUGUGGGCUUCAAACUGCUGCAAGAAGACAACUGUGAUAUCUUCCAAAACCUCAGCAAGAAACAGAAAGACUCCCUCCGAAAGAUGGUGAUCGACAUGGUGCUUGCAACUGAUAUGUCCAAACACAUGAACUUCUUGGCGGACAUGAAGACAAUGGUGGAGACCAAGAAGGUGACCAGUCUGGGAGUCCUGCUGCUUGACAACUACUCUGACCGCAUCCAGGUUCUGCAGAACAUGGUACACUGUGCCGACCUGAGCAAUCCAACCAAACCGCUGGAGAUUUACCGCCAGUGGACGGACCGCAUCAUGGUGGAGUUCUUCACCCAGGGAGACCGAGAGCGGGACAAAGGCAUGGAGAUCAGUCCCAUGUGUGACAAACACAACGCCUCUAUAGAGAAGACCCAGGUGGGCUUUAUCGACUACGUUGUCCACCCUCUGUGGGAGACAUGGGCGGACUUGGUGCAUCCUGACGCCCAGGACAUCCUGGACACGCUGGAGGACAACAGGGAGUGGUACCAGAGCAUGAUCCCCCGCAGCCCAUCGCCGCCCAGCCCGGAGGAGCACCAUGUGGAGGUGAUACCAGGGGGAGGAGCUGUGGGAGCAGGAGGGGCUGUGCCUUCAGGAGGAGGAGGAGGAGGAGGAGGAGGAGGAGGAGGGGACAAGUUCCAGUUUGAACUCACUCUGGAGGAGGAAGAGGAGGAUGAGGAGGAGGGGGAGUCUGACCUGGAGAUCCCCCUAGAGGAGGAGUCCCAGUUGGGUGGGAAGCGGCACCGGGACUCCUCCUCCCCCUCUUUGUCCCCAGACCCCCGCAGCAGCAGCAGCAGCAGCAGCAGCAGGUACCGCCCCCCCUCGCCUCACCCGUCUCGGACCCUGAAUCUGGCUGCCAUGUCGGUGCGGAGCCCCCACAGGACGCUGGCCUCCCCGGGGCGGGAGGGCGGCGACAGAGAACUCAGCAAGGAGAGCGACGGGGUGGCGUGCCUACGUAUGGGCACGUAACAACCAGCACAACCUGCCCUGCCUGAGAGACACGAGUGCUGGAUGUGGAGAGACGAAGGCAGGGCAGGCCUUUACCAAUAAAGUCUGUAAAAUCACUACAGUCCCUUUACACUGGAGACACCCACUCGGGAGAACUGUUUUAUCUUAUAUUUUAACCAAAAGAAUAGUUUCAGCCCCUCUUCGGGGGCCUGAUUGGCCUUUGUGUCCCUUCCUGCUUUGUUGUAGUUUCAGUUCAGAGUCCCAGACAAAGACUGCUGCAUUUACCUGGGAAGAAGAGUGGAGCCAAGGCGUGAUACUGGAACAAGAACAAAAGAUAAAGGAAAUGUCUUCCUCCAAUAACUGUGUGUGACAUCCAGACAUGAGAAUGAGAACCCUGGUGGUCUGACAGGGUCUUGGAAAUUAUUUUGCACCAUAGUUUUAAUUUAGGAUAUGAAAUGACUGAGUCCGGUUGGAAUAAGUAUUAGUAUGAUUUCUUUGUUUGAGAAUGAUGUGAGAGAUGAAUAAUUUUACCAAAUACAGAAUGUAGAUGAGAGAAAAUCGAUGGACCUAAACCUCAGGGUAUGAAGAGAAACAUAAAUCUAAUGUAGCACGGAUGUAGUGGGUUCCCCUGACCUGACCCUCAACCCCAAACUCUCUUUCCUGUUUGAUUUACCUCCAAACCAGAGACAUCUGAGACUUUAACCUGUGUGUCUCUACAUUUAAUUAAAACCCUUUAAUAUAAAAUUUGGCAACUGAAGCAAUCAAAUAAUAUAUAUGUAAACCAGCUUGUAGCACCACAAAGAUUAAACACUGAAGAAGACUGUACCCCAGUCUCACCUGUUUAAAAUACAAAAGACACCACCUGUAUAAUUAGUUUGGGCUUUAUUUUUUAUGUGAGAUUAUUUUAAAUGGGGUCAUUGUUUUAGGGUUUUGGACAGUUCUUUGUUGUACAUUUGCUUGUCUUGUCUCUGUUUUUGUGCUUGAAAAGCAUUUUUUAUCAGGGUGCCUCCAGUCCGCAGUAGCACUUUACCGUCUCUGCUCUUCAGCUCUUCUAUUCAGUCACACAAAGGGCUUCGUCCACUGUAGGCCUACUGAUCACACAGACAGAUCAGUACGGGUUGUUUGACCCAAGGUACCAGAAAGCAGGGCAGGAAACUCACUCGUUGGUUGAUUCAGAAUGAAAGAAAGAAAGAAAAAACUUAGUUGGCCAACAACAAAAUUCACACCCUUCUAGUUAGUCAGAUAAUAUUGGAAUUAUAAGACUCCUGUUUUGGUCUCGAUUAAACUAUUUUGCACUUUAGUUUCUUGAGGUUCAAGUUCAAUUUAUUUGAAACAGUAACAUAUUUUUAAAAUAGUUUGUGGCACAAAUAGGAUGUGGAAAAGAGUUAUGUGCAAACUAUGUACUAUUUUCUAUGAGGAUCUUAUAAUUCCAAAUAAGUCACCAUGGUGUUGUGUUCCUGCCCUGCCGACAGGAUCUGAUGUAGAGAUCAGAGGUUGCUGACAGAAAUAAAUCAGAUCAACCUAAACAGAUUGUGUUCCAUUAGGUUAUCCGUCUUAUUUAAUAGAUAGUGCUCGACUGGGAUAGCUGUGUGCCAUAAGUGUUGAAAACACACAAACACCUCCCAGCCUACGAUGCUAUACAUUUUUACACUAGAGAUUUUAACCUGAUGAUUGUAUCGAAGUCACUGACUUUAUAGUGUUAGUUUUUAUGAAUGAUACGUGUUACCAGUAUUUAAAGCGGACAGUUUAUUAGAUUUUGUGCAGCUCAUGAUCAGUCUGUUCAGCCAUUUCCUAUUCAAAUAGCUGGGACGUAAGAAUGUGUGUAGUUUCAGGAGUCCUCGUUCAGUCUAGAGCAGUGUUUGUCGCCGUCACUGAGGUAGAAAGACCAGGAAGCAAACAAGCACUACACAAAUAUAUGAUGCACUUCCUGGUUAGGCAGUCGUAGAAAACACCAGUCUAACAGUAUUUAAUUAACUCAGCUAGCCUUACAUGUGAUAUGGUAUGGAUGUGGUUGGAGCCUAGUGUUAAAGGACCAUUAUGCUGUUUUUAACAUGCUGAGCCUCAGAGCAUUGUUUGCUUCGCCGUUCUUGAAAAGCAAAAAAAAACCUGCUCUUUUCCAGACUUUAAAAAAAAGGAAUCUCAAAGAAUCAGAAUACAUAUAGGAAACUUUACAUUUAUCAUGACAGCAGCUUUAUUCUAUUUUUGUCCUCAUACAUAUUCUUAGUGUGUGAGCUGUGAAAACAAUCAAUUGACAAAAUAAGCUACAAACAUCUAUAAGUAAAACAUUAUGACAAGUUUUUGUUUUGCUGGUUGCACACUUUAACUUCUAGUUUCAAAAUCCCAGGGUGAAAAUGCCAUGUAAACCUCAGCAGCGGAGCAUUUGGAUCAGAUGUUCUGGUUCACAGACCUUCCAUCUACCGCCAUCAACAGGCUAAAGUUUAUACUUAAACACAAGAACUGUCAAUCUAAUUGGCAGAUUGCCCUGAAAACCCUUAUGGCCUUUUCUUUGGCAUCACCUCGACAAUAAACCAUUAUUUGUUGUUUUACAUGAAACACUUUCAUAUUGUGUUGUGUAGUAAUGAAGAUUGCAUCAUACAGUACCUGGGAUUUAAUCCGAAAAAGUUGCUCUGUGGUCCUGUAAUCAUCAUUAAGCUUCCUCUUCCUAUCCAAGCUUUGGGUCUUGGUACUAAAUGUCUCUAAAUAUUUAAAUGUGUUUGCAGUAUAAACCUUUAAGUCCACUGAUGUCACUGGAGCUUUUAAUUCAGACUGCUGGUAUGCCGUUAAAGUACCUUCCUAACGCUGGUUAAAAAGCACAUUUCCUCAAGUUAGUUUAAAUGUUGAGGAUGAAAUGAUGAAGGAGCUCAGACAGACAAUAAUAAACCACUGUCAAUCAAAAAUGAAGAAAAUUAUUCUUCCUCUUUUACAACCUCUGAUUCUUAACAUUCGUUUGAAACAUGGUUUUCACAAAGUAUGUUCUUGAUUAAGUAUCAAAGAAAGUAAUGGCAUUUUAAUCUAAAUAAAAUGUGCUUCCCUCUAUGUGACAGCUAUAACAUAGCAGCUGUCCCUUAGCUCUCCUGCAGCACAGGAAGUGAGAGUUUUGACAUUUCCUGUUAGUAUGGAAUACUAGCCCUGGGUAGUUUGCACAAGCAGUGAUGUCGCCAUGGCUGAACAGAAAAGCAAUGUACAACAGAAAGUAUCAUUUUAAGCUCAUUAUACAAUUCUUCUAUUUUGAAGCAAGAAAAUGCAUCACUUUACUAGAAAAAAAA